AUGGAUCUACUCUGGGAACUGGUCUGCAGCGGCCUCUUGCUUUUAGUUUCGUUUCUGUACAUAGUCUGGACUUGGAUUCGUCCCUUUGACAUUGAUCCCAGCCUUCCAGGUCCCAAGCGCGCCAAACUUGUGGGUGUGACCUUUGAAGAAGAAUCCAAUCAAUGUUUUGACGGUGAUUCCUUUGAAUGGGCCAAGUGGCCAACACUGUCGUUAGAGUUGUCACGCAGAUGGAACUUUCACACGUGGGGUGGACCUACCCUGAAUAUAGGGUUUGGAGGAGCCUUUUUCAAUGUGGUGUCUCCCGAGUGUUUGCAAUACAUUCUCAAGGACAACUUUGCCAAUUACGAAAAGGGGAGACUUACAAGAUCCUUCCAAGAACUCAUGGGCUCGGCUGUAUUCACAACAGAUGGUGACGCAUGGAAGUUUCAUCGAAAAAUCACAACUACCGUCUUGUCCCGCGAGACCGUCAAGCAUGCCGCCGUUCUUCUCAAGGAAAAAUUAGCCAUUGUGGAACAUCUUUUGGUCGAGAAGGAGGAGCAAGUCUUUGAUUUCCAGGAUCUGUGCUACAAAAUGGUCUUUGACGUAUUUGCCAAGUUGGCGUUUGGUGUGGAAUUGAAUCAAGUCAAUUCCAUGCUUCUCAACAAUAGCAACAAUAACAAACAGCAAGAUGAUGAAGAAAACCAGAAAAAGAUGGACGCUUUCGGGGAUGCCUUUGACAGGCUGCAACUCUACAUACAUCAACGAUUCAACGACCCGCUUUGGGAAUACAAGCAAAAGUUUGUCAUUGGCGAGAGAGAACGAAAGGUGGUGGAAUGCCAAAACGUCAUUGAUGAUUUUGCCUUUGGCAUUAUCCGCAAAGCUCUGGAGGGUGGUGGACACGACAAACAACAACAACAACAGCAACUGGACGUGAUACAUCAAUUCAUUGCCUACUGUCGCAACGUCGAUGGCAAAGAUCCCACGGAACAGGACCUUCGUUCCUUUGUCAUGACGUUCGUACUCGGUGGGCGGGAUACGACGUCGGUGACCAUCGCUUGGGCUAUUUUUGAAUUGACCAAACACCCAGCGGUCGUCAGCUUGAUUCGUGACGAAGUGGAGCGAGUCCUGUCGUCUUCUGUCGAGCCAUGGACGUAUGACUUUGUGGACAAACUCAAAUACACGCAGGCGGUUGUCAUGGAAGUCUUGCGACUACACUGUCCAGUACCCGACAGUUUUCGCUUUGCUGUUCAAGACGAUGUCUUGCCAGACGGUACGAGAAUUCCCGCCAAAUCCUUGGUCAUGUAUUCCAUCUACUCAAUCAACCACAGCGACAAGGUGUGGGGGACCAAUGCCAAUACCUUUGAUCCAGAUCGAUUUGUGAAUAAAAUGGAACCGGGUCCGACGAUAUAUCCGACCUUCAAUGCUGGUCCUCGGGUGUGUCCUGGAAAACCAUUGGCUUUGAUGGAACUCAAGAUGACCGUGGCAUUUCUGGUAUCCAAGUUUGAGUUUGAAGAUGCCAGUCAGCACUCGGGGGAGUUUGAUUGGAAAUUGGUCUUGGCCAUGAAGGAUGGGUUCCCUGUCAAAGUGCGAAGACGGAUGGCAUGA